AUGGCUACUACUAGGGUCAAGCGCGUAUUCGCCGCCACGCCAAACAUCUAUGCCGCACUCAAGAACCUCCUCCCGGCUGGGACAGUCAGUUUCGACAUCACAGCGCCUCUGCAAGGCUUUACUGGCGAGGACGGACUUGCCGAAGACGGGUGGCACAUUUUUCCGCAAGUCGUUGUCGGUUUCCGCGACGAAAGCGGUCGGCUCGACAAUAUCUCUUUCCUCGCCCGACAUCGCUUCAUCACAGCCACUUAUCGUGUAGACGCAGCCCAAACCCAACUACACGUGCGCAUAUAUGUUAUCCCUUGGGACCUGGCCGGGUCUCGAGGAGAACUGCGCGUGCGCGACGAAGACGUGGUCCUCAAAGGGUGCAAGUACCUGAAGCAGCUCUUCGUUCAAAUCCGCACAGAUUCAUCUCUCUGGGACGGCAGCACUGCGUCGUCGCCGUCCUCCCCAAGUUACUUCAUCAACCCAGCCGCCGAUAACCGGUCGCUAUUAGAUAUCUACAACACGUUACCUUCCCCAUCCGCGCCUCCGAUCAAGGGGCGCAUUCCUGGCCUUCGGACGAAGCUUUAUGAGUAUCAGCGUCGCAGUGUCGCUACCAUGGUAGCUCGUGAGACCAACCCUGGCACGAUAGAGCAUCCGCUCUAUAUUUCGUUGCAGGGGGUGGAUGGAAAGGUUUUCUACAUGCAACCUGCGACGAUGGAGAUUCUCUCCGAACUUCCGCGUGUAUCCGCUGUGCGCGGGGGCAUUCUCUGUGAAGAACUUGGUACCGGAAAGACGAUCAUGAUUCUUUCCCUCAUCCUCUCCACUAUCAACCAGCUAGCAUCUCCGGAAGAAGGUAUCCACGAGGAACGCACCCCCAUGACACCUAUCGCAUUCAGACGCUUCAAGACGGCUUCUGUUCUAUCCCAGCGCGCCAAACUGUCUGGUGCGCGGAAGCGAAAGGGGCCCGACGACAGCGGCUUCCCCUCCCUCGCCGAGAUCAUUCUGCAUAAAUGCCGCGUCGAGCCAGAAGGCAUACCAUGGCGGGAACCGGCCGAGCAGGAGCGCCUUGAGAGGCACCGCAUGUGGAAACCGCUCAUGGCCAACGUUCCCUUCUACCUCCACUCUCCCGAUCCUCCCGAAGCGGCUUAUGGCAGGCGCGCACGACAGCAAGAGAUUUCGGGCCCGAAGGUGAUGUAUCUAACUGCGGCGACGUUGGUCAUCGUCCCAGACAAUCUGCGGAGGCAAUGGGCGAACGAGAUCCUGAAGCACUGUACGGACCUGAUGCGUGUUCUCCUGGUCGAGGACCAGCGGGACCUUCCAGAUGCACCACAGCUGGCUACGUAUUACGACAUCGUGCUCAUGAGUCAGUCACGUUUCUCUACAGAGGCGAAAAAGAAGAACGUGGAGAGUCUGCACUCGUGGAACGUAUGCGACUGCAAGCUUAUGCGGCGGUGCAAGUGCAGCCGUCGCAAGGACGUCUCGCCACUUCUCCAAAUUCGAUGGAAGCGCAUCGUCGUCGACGAAGGCCACAACACGGCGGAGAAGCGCACCGAAUACGCCAUUUUCUCGAACAUCCUUAGCGUCGAGCGGAGGUGGAUAGUCACCGGUACCCCGACCACCAACCUCCUUGGGCUCAGCUUCGGAGCGGGCAGCGAACUCCUGUAUCCCCAAGAUGAGGAAGAGGUCAUGCGCGUCGAGCCACAACGCGUCUGGCACGGCGACGAGCGCGAGGACCUGCGGAAGCUCGGCAACAUGCUAUCCUACUUCCUGCUAAUGAUGCCCUUCGCGUCGAAAUCGGAGCCGAAAGCGUUCGCGACCCUCGUCGCCAACCCAUUAUUUGCUUCGAGCGGGCCUUAUCCCGGCGAUAUCGAUGUUCUCGUCCAGGUCAUGUCGUCAGUCAUGGUCCGACAUAGAAUUGAGGACGUCGAGAGCGAAGUCCAACUUGCCCUUCUGAACCACAAGACGGCAUUGCUCGAUAUGGAUCCGCUCGCCGUGAAGACGUACAAUCUCAUCCAGGCCACCAUCGCGGUCAACGUCGUCGAUUCCGAGAGGCAGCAUCAGGACUACAUAUUUCAUCCUCGCAACGCCGCCCAUUUGCAAGAACUCAUUUCCAACAUCUCCCACGUUAUGUUCUGGCACGUCGUCGACAGUGGCCUCGAUGAACGUCUGAGGAACUCGCAUUUGGCCCUAGAGAAUCUGAGCAAACGUGACGGGGAUCCCGAAGAUUUCGAACUCAUCCAGCAGUCGAUUCUUCACGUGCGCUCAGCGAUGGAAGACCCCGUCUGGCUUGCCCUCCAGAACCACUACCAGGUUUUCCACCGCGUAAAGGAAGUGGACCCGUUGAUCUACGAAGCAUGGUGCGGCUUCUCCGAGCUCGCGCGGACCGCAAGCUCCACACUAUUCCUCUCGCCCUCCGCCCUGGUGGAGAUGCGGAAGACGGUCAAAGAGCGCCCGCUCUCGAGCGUCGCCAAGAUCUCCGAGAACGGCCGGGCGUACGUCGAGCGCGAGCAGGCGUACAGGGAGUGGCUUCGGCUGCAGGAUCGCAAGAAGAAGUCUGCGCGCGACCGGUCUGAGUCCGACAAGCAGUCGAUCGCGCUGGAUGCCGCAGCACGCAAGAAGGCGAAGGACAAGAAGGAGGAGAUGAAGCGUGAGAUGGAGGCCGCCCUGGCCCGCCUGAACGCCGCGUUCAGCGGGGACGAGAACGCGUCCGCGACCGCUAGGGACCCGUCGCAACGCACCGUCGAGUCCGCGAUGCUGAGUCUUUCGAAAGCGGCUCCAAUUCGUGUUCUGAACUCGACGUCCACGAAGUUGGACUACAUACUUCACGAAGUCCUCACGUAUGGCACAGAGGAGAAGUUCCUCAUCUUUUCAGAGUCUCAGGCAACACUGGCGUUCAUCGGGGAGGCGUUCGACCUUUGCAGGAUCAAGUACCUGUCGUUCAGCGGCCAGCACAAUCGCGAGGAGCGCCAGUCGAUGAUCACGACAUUCGAGACUUCGGACCUCUACCGCGUUCUACUUCUCGAAUUGAAAUAUGGCGCACGUGGAUUGAAUCUUGUCUCUGCUUCACGCGUCAUCUUCUGCGAGCCUGUGUGGAAGGCCGACGUCGAGUCGCAAGCGAUCAAGCGGGUCCAUCGUAUCGGUCAGACGCGGCCGGUAGUACACGUGACUACGCUCGCCAUCAAGUCGACCUUUGAAGAGGUCAUGGUAGCGCGUAGCAAAGCCCUUCGGGAGAACAAGCAAGAGUUCGCCAAGGCCGCCACCGACGACCGUACCAUACGCGACUUCAUCGAGCAUCCGACGUUCCUGCCCGUGCCGACGGAUGAACGGCUCGUCAAUAUCGAUGUGCCGUUGUUCGACCUCCCGCCUCCACGCCCCUUGCCUGUUGUCGAAAUCUCCACAGGACCUCCCCGGAAGAAGCAAAGACAGGUCGCCUUUGCAAGCUGA